CUAAUUUAGCCGAAUAAUUUAACGUUCAAGUUACUUAGAAAUGGUUUGACAACUCUUCCGUCUUCGUAGUCUUCUAACAUGAUUUCAGAUUUGAUAUUGUUUGGGACGUUGUUGGUUAAUGCUGGUGCUAUCUUGAACUUCAAACUAGUCAAGGGAAAGAGUGACCAAUAUGAAGUAAAUCCUGAACCAACCCUAGGAGAAAAAGUCCGUGAAUUUUUACAGAGCUUACGAUAUUUUAGAAUUUUCAUUGGAUUAUGGAACAUAUUUGUGAUGUUUCUUAUGCUAGUAUUUUUUGGACACUGACAUUUUCUUGGACUUUAUAUUGUAAAUAAUAUCAUCUUUCAUCACUAUGUCUCUAAAAAUCAUUAUAUAUUUUUAAUGAUAUGUAAAACUUAUUAAAAUUUGAUAUUAAAAAAUACUAGAUAGUUGUAAA